AUGCUCGAACUAUAGGAAUUGAGUCCCCUCCCUUCCCCUUUAUGCUACCCAAAAAAUCUAUUAUCUUUUUUCUUAUUAAAAAAUUUAUUAACAAUUAAAAAAGGAAAAAUAUGUAUGCGAUUGAAUUGCAGAUACUGACUAUGCAUGAUAGAUGGGAAGCAAUGAAGCAUACAAUGGAGAGAGCUGUGAUUUGAUGUUCACGGUUGCCAUGUUCCAAAUGAAGACCAAGCUACAAGUGCUCACGACCAAUAACCCCAAAGAGUAUGAUUGUGAUUACAGGGUAGGGGGCAAUUUCUUGCAAGAUUCCUACACUGUUUAUGUUGGAGAGACUAACACCAUUGUUGCCCAAGGAAAGGGGAGGUUUGCGGUCACAGUGUAUCCCAAUGCUGACCAUGCAUUCAUUGCUGCGCUCAUCCUAGACGGCAUGAACAGGCCAGGUUGGAUUUAAUUAGCUUAAAAAACAUUGCACCAAUUAAGCUAUGGCCAAACUAUCUAUGAUAAAUCAAUAAAUUGUUCUAUAAGGC